ACUGUUUCUCCUCGUUUUGUGCUGCUGUGCCUGAUGUGAAUUUCGGCUUGCCGAAAGCGUUUUGCAGAUCCAACUCCGUGUUUUCCUUUUGGGGCAAACUAUUGGAAGGCCAUACAUCGCUGUAUUUAUAUUUCUCGGAGUCUCCUGCAGCCAGCAUCGGUUACAUCAGCCAAAAUGUCCGCAAUAUCCGCCACCGAGAAACCACAGAUGCAGCAAAUCGACCUAAAUACGCUUAACCUCCAGCAAUUGACUCAGCUGAAGAAUCAGCUCGACCAGGAACUAACACUAUUUCAGGAAUCGCUGCAAACGUUAAAAAUGGCCCGUGUCAAAUAUUCCGGCUCGAAGGAAGCAUUGGAACAGUUCAAGCCCGACUGGAACGAGAAGCAGAUUCUGGUACCACUGACGGGGAGCAUGUAUGUACCAGGCACAAUCAAAGAUGCGGACAACGUGAUCAUUGACAUCGGCACUGGUUACUACGUGCAAAAUGACCUGGAGGGAGCAAAAGAUCUAUUCAAGCGACGUGUAGAUUUCGUACAGAAGCAGAUGGAAAAGAUAGAAGUGCUUGGAAUGGAGAAAUCGAAAAUCCGAGAUGCUAUCCGGGAGGUGAUGGAAAUCAAGCUGCUGCAAUUUGAAAAGGAACUGCAGAAACAACGGGAAGGAGUUGAGAAGUAGUUCCAGAUUUGUAGUCAUCCUGUUCUGUUUAAGCCCUUGAUUCUCUGCUUCAAUCGGACUAAAAUUUAAUAUUUAUGCUUUCAUGAAUAAUCGAUCAAAUUCAGCACUGUCGAUUUGAAUUUCGAACUCUUUGCUAUACCUAUUUCAUUCAAAAGUAAUCCCAUUUUAUUCUCCUUUAACUAGGUA